GAAAGAGCUGAUGUCACAAGUGGUUUGAGCAGAGAGCUUAUAAACUGUGAUAGCCUGACAAACCAUCAGACUGCUCAACAGACAGACGAGGACGAAACGUUACACCCAGAGGUCAUCAGCAUCAGAAUCACCAUGUAUCACCUGAGAGUGCCUGUGUUUCUCCUGGUGGUUCUUGUGUUGCUCCGCUGCAUCGCAGCCGCUCCAAGCCACAGGAACUUCAGUCCCGGCUCCUCCGACGACGAGGAAGAAAAUGCUCUUCCAGCCAAGGAAGGCCUCACGGGCGCGCGGCUGCAGAGGAGGCUCGCAGCACCAAACAGUAAAAAGCCAGUGUGCCACACAACUACCUGUUUGGCCAAUAGUUUAGCAGAUUUGAUGGGCCAUAAAGGCAAAGGAAAAGGAGACGUGGGCCCGGACUCCUACGGCAAGAGGGACAUUCAGCCUCCCGGCUACCUGCCUUUCUAUUUCAUCCGCCUUAAGUCCAGUGGCAUUUCUCCUGUAAUCACCUGCAGAGUAGGAAUUGGAGAGUCCAGGAACUUCAGUCCCGGCUCCUCCGACGACAAGCAAGAAAAUGCUCUUCCAGCCAAGGAAGGCCUCACGGGCGCGCGGCUGCAGAGGAGGCUCACAGCACCAAACAGGCAUCGGUUACAGAAGCGAACCUGCAACUCGUCUACCUGUUUCACCCAAAAGUUAGGAGAGAUGCUGAUGAAUAAUGUACGUGGUACCCCAAAAACCCCCAUGAACGUGGGCCCAAAGAGCUUCGGCAAGAGGGACAUUUAGCCUCCCGGCUACCUGCCUUUCUAGUACAAACUGGGAGAAUACCCCAGUGACCUAAUGAUCAUGUGUAACGGUGAACGAAUGAAUGACGACUCUGGUUGAUAAAUCACAUCAUAAGAUGAUUUUUUAAAAAUCAUUUUAUAAGCUUCAAGACUACAGUGCCUUUGAUCUAAGCCAUCUGAAUCCCCACAUGUUUUCUUCCAGCUUCGUGAAUCUCGUAAAUCACAGCACUAAUGAAAUGAAGAAAAAUUUUGCUUCUCACAAAAAAAUUCUUGCAGAUUUCUGUUUCAGCACAAUAUGCCAAUUAAAUCAAUAAAAGUAUUUCUUCCUCAACAGGUUGGGGUAGAAAACACAGUGAGCA